AUGCGCCUACAGCACUACGGCCUUUUCGCACUACGCAUUGGCAUCCAACAGGCGCUACCAGUGCCCCGUCGACUCUUUCGAACUCGCAUAGCCACUUUGGCAAUCCACCGCGUCGUUGAUACCAAUCGCAUUAAUGGGUCGUCUUUGGUAUCCGCUGCACUGUUUGCCGACUUGAUGCACCAGUGUGGCAUAUCGGAAAAGAGACUGCGUGCCGACCUCUACCCGCUCGAGAAGGGACACUGCGCACGGCCGCACGAGUUCCCCCUCGCUGUCGCUGUUUCCGGUGGCGCUGAUAGUAUGGCGCUGAUGCUGUUAUUGCGCGAGUAUUUGCAGCUCCGGUGCAUUCAAACACCGCUCUUGGCCGUGACAGUGGACCACCGCUUACGGCCUGAGAGCAGCGCUGAAGCGCGUGAGGUGUCGACAAUCUGUGCCGCUCGAGAGGGUAUCCGUCACAUCACCAGAGUGUGUGACUGGCAGUGCGAAGAGAUGGAGCUGCACGCUGGAGACGAACGGGUGGUGGCAAUGGACACCGCACGACCCACGAGGCCACAUGAGAGCAAGAUGGAGGAACACGCACGACGGUAUCGAUACGACUUGCUGCGACAGGUUUGCAUCGAGUACCGCGUGCAGUGUCUGUUCGUGGCGCAUAAUCGAGGCGAUCAGCUGGAGACGACGCUCUUCCGUCUUGGACGGGCGAGUGGGGUCAAUGGACUGGCUGGCAUCGCACGUCAAUUGCCCCUCUUUCCAGCCGCUCACUUGUCACGUUGUUCACGUGACUGGCCAGCGCUAGCGACGAACGAGAUGACCACCGUCGUCCGACCGUUGCUGUCGGUGACAAAGGACCAGUUGAUGGCAACGUGCGGUCGAUUCCAGCAGACGUGGAUCCACGAUCCGUCCAACGAUGACCCCACGUACGACCGCGUUCGCGUCCGUCAGGCGCUCAAGCGGAUCGAAGAGGAACGAGGAGCGGCGAUCCUCGACUUGUUCGCUCGGUUUCAACAGACUGCCGAGACUGCCAAACACGAGUUCGCUCGACUUGAACAGCGCGUUCUUCACAAGUACACGGUCCUCUGGCAGUCUGACGUUGUCGUCGUGCACAUGGCAAUGGUCCGCGACCCCGACGUGUUUGACGAGCUGCUCUAUCGAGUGCUGUCGCGCAUUAUCGUCCAUGUGGGCAACAAAGAAGCACCGCCGCGUUUGGCCUCUGUCGCUCGUCUUGCGCGAGCUCUUCGAUCGCUCGAGUCGGGCAAGCAGCUCACAUUGGGCGGAUGUCGGAAGGCCGACUGUGUUGAGGUGGCGCCCGUGCCAGGCUUCUUUGGCCACGUGAUCCAGCCUGGCUGCGCGCUCAAGUGGUCGAAUGAGGUCGAGGACUUUUGCUUGCAAUUGAACUCUGCAGCACUUGGCGCUCAAGUGGCCAAGGGCCGCUCGACGCUUUCGGUGGUGGCAAAGACGUCGAAGAUUGCGCUGUGUACGCUGACGCCCGAGGGAGCAGAGCAGUGGAACUUGACGCAGACGUUUACGCCGAUCGACGGCGAGAUUGAGUUUGUCGUGGACGGUCCGAACGCUAUCCACCUCACGGGAUUCAUUGAGGUGAAAGAAGAGGAGGACAGCGGCGACGAGCACGACUUUGACGACAUUGGGGAGGACGAGGACGAAGAGAUGAUGGUGUUUGGCGACGGGUCUUCGAGUGAAGCGGAGGAAGAUGCGCUGGAGGAGGACGAGACGAGCGACGAUGACGACAAAGCGAGCCGCUUUGAGGUCCUUGAGGAACGUCUCCACAAGGACGAGCCUGAGGCAGCGAAAAAGCCACCGAAAAAGGAGAAGGUCAAGCAGGACGAGACGACAAAGAAGGAGGCUGCUGCUGCUGCUGCGAGGAAGGCGCUUGACGCUCUUGCCGAGAGCGAAACAAAAGCAAAGGCGAACAAGAAGAAGGCGAAAGCUGCCAAGCUGGCGGAGAAGGAGACGAAACUGGCGGAGAAGCUGGCUGAAGCAACUGCUUCAAUGCCGAAGAGCAAGAAGCGCGCAGCUCCGGCGGAAUCGGUCGAAGUCCCGAAGAAGUCCAAGGUGUCCACGCGUCUGGUCAAGGGCGUCACGAUCGAGGACAUUACUGUUGGCAAGGGCCGAGCCGUGCAGCGCGGUCGCAAGAUCGCCAUUCUCUACCGCGGCCGUCUCACGAACGGCAAGCAGUUUGACGCGGCCCAGAACCGCAAGAAGCCGUUUACGUUCCGCCACGGCAUUGGGGACGUGAUCAAGGGCAUGGACAUUGGCAUUGAGGGGAUGCGUGUUGGCAGCAAACGCACGAUUACGAUUCCAUCGCGUCUGGGCUACGGCCGUGAGGGGUCACCGCCAGCUAUUCCUGGCAACUCGGACCUCAUCUUUGAGAUUGAGGUGGUGAACGCCUAA